CAUUCGGUGAUUAAUAAUAAACAUAACAUUAAAACUUACUGACAACAAAAACCAAAUAAACAUGUAUCAGGAAUAUCUAAAUCAGUUGCAAACAUCGCUGGUGCCUAUGAACUCUGAUCAGUUAAAGGAUUUACUACACAAUGACGACAAAUUGGACGAAAAAGUAGACGAAGUACUCGAAUCUCUUCGCACACAAAAGGAGCGCUUCUUGAAAGAGAAUCGCGAGAAGGCGGAGAGAAAUAUUGAAAAAGAGCCACAAAUCAUAGAACUGCGCAGUAAGCUGGCCGAGCUUACAGCAGAGAGCAAAACCAGCUGCACUAGUGUUCAAGAUCUAUUGUCACAAAUCAAAGAAAAGUCUGGUGGCGUCAGCCAAGAGACAGCGCUGGCUUUGCUGCAAACGGCAGCAGCAGAGAGCGAGGAGAAAACAGAGGAGCUGGCAAAGAAGUUCACAGACAACGAGGUGACCGUGGAGACAUUUCUAGAUGAGUUUCUCAGUGGACGCCGCACAAUGCAUCUGCGCAAGCUAAAGGCAGAGAAAAUGCAAGAGCUCAUAAGCAAGAAGUCCGCUCCGCAGCGUGCGCCCGUGCCCGCUUACGGUAACUUGCCAAGCAGCGGAUUCUUUCCGGCACCAACAAUGGGCAAUGUGCCCUAUCCAACAAUGGGACCAAUGAUGCCCAUGCCGCCACCCCCGCGACCCUAUUAAAGUUGAUUAAUAUUUAUAUGUUUAGUUAAGAAAUGCUGCCAUUGCAAACAAAAACGAAGCGCACGUCAUGUGGGGAAAUGACUCAUUGCUAGCUUGGUGCACAAUGCGACUUGUCGAAAGAAAUUCAGAAAUUCAUUGACAAAUAAAUAAAAUGCCGAUCGAGU